ACAGUUUUACUAAGCAGAGAAAAAGUUGCAUCUUCUCCUUCUUCUUCCCUUUUCCGAUUUUCUCUCCAAUUUUCUGAUUAUCUCUCAAAUUUUCUCACUCAAACACACCAUUGCUACUGUGAAACCUCAACUCUUACUUAUCUUUCCUUUCUCUUUUUUACUUCCACAACAUUUUUUUUUCUUUCUCUAAACUCAUUCCUUAAUAUUUUUCAUCGUUUCUGAGUUUACAUUGAAAAAUCAUAGAAAUUUAUUUAGAGGGCGAGUUUUUUUGUGUGGGUAUGUUUGAGAUCGAUCUCAUCAGGGAAAUCAAAUUUCUGUGCAUCUGAAGUUUCUACAUUUAAGUGGUUGCUGAUUGGCGGGUUUUCUCCUUUUGGGUUUCUAAUUUUAAAAGGAAAAUGUCUCAGAAGGUUACACCAUUUGUUCAGUCACUUAAAUCGAUGCCGGCAGAUUAUAGGUUUCUUGGUUCACCAAUCUCUGAUCCCCUUGAGACUUCCUCUGGCUCAAGUGUUUGUGUGACCGAUUUGCUUAUUCCACGAAAUGGUUACUUGAAGAAUGGUGUUAGUGGAACUGAAAAUGCUAAUGAGGAUUCACCGUAUAGCGUGCAAAGCGUUUCAAUUGGAGAACGUUCUUCAAUUGAUGAUGGAGAUCCUGUUGUGCCCUUGCCUCAGAGUAAUGAUCGUCGCUGGAGCGACACAAGCGCAUAUGCUCGGAAAAAGGUACUGCAAUUUUGGGUGCAACUUCCAAACGGUAACUGGGAGCUGGGGAAGGUAUUGUCAACUUCAGGAGAAGAGUCUGUUAUUAAACUGCCUGAGGGAAAAGUUUUAAAAGUCAUAUCAGAGACUCUAGUACCUGCAAAUCCUGAUAUUCUUGAUGGAGUAGACGAUCUCAUGCAACUAAGUUACUUAAAUGAGCCAGCAGUGUUGUACAACCUUGAGUAUAGGUACAACCAGGACAUGAUAUAUACAAAAGCAGGGCCCGUUCUGGUGGCUGUGAAUCCUUUCAAGGAGGUUCCUUUGUAUGGAAGUCGCAACAUUGAAGCAUAUAAGAAUAGAUCAAAUGGGAGCCCUCAUGUCUAUGCUAUUGCAGAUACAGCAAUCCGUGAAAUGAUACGAGAUGAAGUUAACCAAUCUAUCAUUAUCAGUGGAGAGAGUGGAGCAGGGAAAACUGAGACAGCAAAGAUUGCAAUGCAGUACUUGGCUGCUCUUGGAGGUGGAAGUGGGAUCGAGUAUGAGAUAUUAAAGACUAAUCCCAUCUUGGAAGCAUUUGGAAAUGCAAAAACAUUGAGAAACGAUAAUUCUAGUCGUUUCGGGAAGCUGAUAGAGAUUCAUUUUAGUGAAACAGGAAAGAUUUCUGGUGCCAAAAUUCAAACAUUUUUACUGGAAAAGUCUAGAGUGGUUCAAUGUGCGGAAGGAGAAAGGUCAUAUCACAUAUUUUAUCAACUUUGUGCUGGGGCUUCACCUACGCUUAGAGAGAAGCUAAACUUGAGAAGCGCAAAAGAGUAUAAAUAUUUGAUACAGAGCAAUUGCUAUUCAAUUAAUGGAGUUGAUGACGCAGAACUUUUCAACGCCGUUAAGGAAGCUCUAGAUAUUGUGCACGUUAGUAAAGAAGAUCAAGAAAGUGUAUUUGCAAUGCUUGCAGCAGUAUUAUGGCUGGGGAAUGUUUCUUUCAACAUUAUUGACAAUGAAAAUCACGUUGAACCUGAACCAGAUGAAAGUUUGUCAACUGUUGCUAAAUUGAUGGGGUGCAACAUCAAUGAGCUUAAACUAGCUCUAUCGAAGCGUAAUAUGAGAGUUGGAAAUGAUACUAUUGUACAGAAGCUAACACUAUCGCAGGCCAUUGACGCAAGAGAUGCUUUAGCAAAGUCAAUCUAUGCCUGCCUGUUUGACUGGCUGGUUAAACAGAUAAACAAAUCUCUUGCGGUGGGAAAGAGGAGAACUGGCCGAUCCAUCAGCAUUCUUGAUAUCUAUGGCUUUGAAUCAUUCAAUAAAAAUAGUUUUGAGCAGUUCUGUAUAAAUUAUGCAAAUGAGAGAUUGCAGCAACACUUUAAUCGUCAUUUAUUCAAGCUGGAGCAGGAGGAAUAUAUCCAGGAUGGCAUUGACUGGACAAGGGUUGAUUUUGAGGACAACCAAAAUUGUCUUGGUCUCUUUGAAAAGAAACCAUUAGGUCUGCUCUCACUUCUGGAUGAGGAAUCCACAUUUCCGAAUGGCACAGAUUUGACACUUGCAAACAAGCUGAAACAACAUCUAAAUGCUAAUUCAUGUUUUAGAGGAGAUCGAGGGAAGGCUUUCACGGUUGCUCAUUACGCUGGAGAGGUUACAUAUGAGACGACUGGCUUUCUAGAGAAGAACCGGGAUUUGCUGCAUUCGGAUUCAAUUCAACUUUUGUCAUCUUGCUCUUCCCACCUUCCCCAAGCGUUUGCUUCUAGUAUGCUCAUUCAUUCUGAAAAACCUAUUGUUGGUCCUUUAUACAAAGCAGGUGGAGCUGAUUCCCAGCGACUGAGUGUAGCAACUAAAUUUAAGGGUCAACUUUUCCAAUUGAUGCAACGUCUAGGGAACACUACUCCGCAUUUCAUUCGCUGUAUAAAGCCAAACAAUGUUCAAUCUCCCGGGUUGUAUGAGCAAGGGCUUGUCUUACAGCAGCUAAGAUGUUGUGGGGUCUUAGAGGUGGUUCGAAUUUCCCGGUCAGGAUUUCCUACGAGAAUGUCUCAUCAGAAAUUUGCCCAAAGGUAUGGUUUUCUUCUGCUGGAGAGUAUUGCAGCCAAAGAUCCUCUAAGUGUUUCGGUUGCAAUUCUUCAUCAAUUCAAUAUCUUGCCAGAGAUGUAUCAAGUUGGCUACACAAAACUGUUUUUCAGAACUGGCCAGAUUGGAGUUCUGGAGGAUACAAGGAAUCGCACUCUUCAUGGUAUUUUACGUCUCCAAAGCUGUUUUAGAGGGCACCAAGCACGCUGUCGUCUAAAAGACCUUAAAGGAGGAAUUACUGUUCUUCAAUCAUUUGUUCGUGGAGAAAAGAUAAGAAAAGAUUACGCAGAGUUACUACGGAGGCAUCGAGCUUGUACUGAUAUACAAAGCCAUGUUAAGAGAAGGAUUGCUAAGAGACAGUAUAAAGCCAAGGUUGAUGCAUCCAUUGUUCUACAGUCAGCAAUUCGUGGCGAGCUGGUUAGAAGAUGCGCAGGGGAUAUUGGUUGGCUAAAAUCUGGAGGCUUUAAGGGAAAUGAGUCAAAGGAGGUGCUAGUGAAAGCAUCAGUACUUUCCGAACUUCAGCGCAGGGUUCUGAAAAGCGAAGCUGCUCUUCGUGAGAAAGAAGAGGAGAACGAUAUUCUCCGACAAAGACUCCAGCAGUAUGAUAACCGGUGGUCUGAAUAUGAAACCAAGAUGAAAUCCAUGGAAGAAAUUUGGCAAAAGCAGAUGAGAUCAUUGCAAUCUAGUCUUUCCAUUGCAAAGAAAAGCCUAGAAGUGGAGGACUCAGCGAGAAACUCGGAUGCGUCGGUGAACGCAUUUAGCGAUGCGACGGAUUUAUCAGGAAGUGGUGAUUUCAGGACACAUGGCAGGACAAGAAGUGUAGGAGUCGUGGGUUUAAGCGUGAUAAGCCGGUUAGCAGAAGAGUUCGGACAAAGAGCACAAGUGUUUGGUGAUGACACAAAGUUCUUGAUGGAAGUGAAAUCUGGUCAGGUGGAAGCAAACUUGAAUCCGGAGAGGGAGCUAAGAAGGUUGAAACAGAUGUUUGAGACAUGGAAGAAGGAUUAUGGAGGGAGAUUAAAGGAAACGAAACUGAUACUAAGCAAACUUGGGAGUGAAGAAACAGGUGGUUCAGUGGAGAAGCCGAAGAUGAAGUGGUGGGGGAGGUUGAGGAGUACUAGGUAUUAAAAUUGGUCUCUUCUUGAGACGAACGUCUCUUUUUUACACGUUUGUUGUUCUCUGUGAGGUUUUGGUUUUAUUGUUGAGAAGUAAAAAGGCUCUCCAUUGGAUUAAAAGAGUCACGUUUCUCGUUUCCAUCCAAAUCCACCGGCAAAUUCAGUAAAUAAUUUUUUUUUUCUAUAUAUUAAACAUGUAUUUUAUAAAUAUCGAUUUGUUAAUAAAGCUUCACAAAUCUUGUGGACCA